AUGUAUUUAAAGUUAAUCACAUGUACAUUAUACGGAGUCCUCACAUUUCAUAUAGUCCUAUUGAAAGAUAUGGAAGACAAAAUUUAUUUGACUAGCAAGCAGAAUCUUACAUUUCUUGGUAGUUCAAUAAAUGAAACUUUGAACUCUGAAUUUGACGCAGUUUACUAUUUGAAAAAAAUGAAGUUUUUUGACAACUAUUCCUCAAGACAGAUAAAUUUUCUGGAGAAUUCAAAUAAACGUCAUACGAAUCGGAGUAUUUGGAAAAGAGAUGUAAUCACGGACCCAAGUGCAAUAAAAUCCGAUGAUGAUUUGAAAAAUCUCUCACCGGAUCUCAUCCAAACUAAAUUUCCUAUCUACAAGUCGGAGUUUCUGCAACUGAGCAGUUACCAUUACAGUUCGAAUUCAGGGUACUUAGAAAUGUGCGAUAAGGGAAAGCAAAAAAGUGAAGAAAGAGAAUUGUCGAAUAAAAAAUCGACCAAUCUAGCAGACAAACGAAAUUGCUCCCUUCUUUGCGGCCACAGCGUGACACCCCUAAGUAUUGACCUCGCCUGCAGGGCUCUAGGCUUUGAAAAAGGUUUCAAGGUCACUGUACUGGAUGGAUUCAGCGGUUACAAGAAGCGACGAAACGAUAGAAUCAUACAGUGUGAUAGAUCCCACAUGAAGUUUGAUGACUGUUAUGACGUCAUGCCAUCAUCCUUACUCUGUCGUGGCUCAGCGUUCAAGCCAUUUUACAUCAGAUGCCAGAACUCGCAACCCGAUGCCCUACACUGGUCGAGGCAGACCGUCGAUGGAGUCCACAGAAUCGCUUAUUACAGGUUGGAACGAGCACGCAGCGUUUUUAUACUGCCAGCAGAGGAAACGCUAUUUGGGCUCGUACACUGUGACUGAUUCCAAAAGUGGAAAUUGUCGCAAGUUUGAUUGUUUGAGGAGGGAUAAGACAUUGGAUUCAUGCAAAUCCAAAAUUAUCCCCAGCAGCAACCAAACAAUUGCCAUCUGGUGCUACUUCAGCUACAAACACGAGUUCGCCGACAUGGUGAAGACGAUUAAAAUCACCCAAGUAAAUAACGGAACAAUCAACUUGACUUUGGUAGUAGGGAGGAUUAAAAAGUUUAAACUGCAAAGACUGAAGAAUUUGAACUUUGACUGUGAAGAACUCUCAAUUGUUGGCGAUCCACAGGCUUCUAAAUUUAAUUUACUUGAUAGUAUCUUUUUAGGAGUUUACUACGUACCUAGUAACUCGAAAGAUGUUUCUAUUAGGUACGUCAAUUCCUGUUACAACAACAGGGACUUUUCUAUUAUAGGAUUCACUUAUUGGAAAAGCGAACCGCAAGAUUUCAAAUUUGCCCGCAUCCAGACGAAGGACUAUGCAACGAUUGGCAUCUCCUUAGGCUCAACCCUACUCUUUCUGUUUCUAUCCAUGAUUGGAAUAUUUCGAAGAAUAUUUUCGAAGAGGAGAGAAAAAAUAUCCACAGCAGAGACCUCUGCUCCAUUUUCGUCCAACGCGUCGGCUCCUAUUGGAAGUUUAGAAUUAAGUGCAGAUUCAAAGUCAUUUUUUACCAUUAACAUCACUGAAGAUGAGGACUUAUGGGAUCUUCAUUUGGAAAUGAAUUUCUGAUAGUACAUCAACUGAUUUGAAAUUUUUUUUGAAGAAAAUGCUUAUUGCUAACUGCCUCUUUUAUAUUGUAUUUUAAUCUCAAUGAUAUUUCAGAUGUUAUUAACGGCUCAUAUAAUUGUUUGACAUAAAAUCAAUAAGUGAAUAUUUACCUUUUAAGUUAUUUUUGAAAGAUAAAAUUAACGUUUUUUCAGCUUUUUUUCUCUUUAUCUUUCAAUAGUAGUAAACUUUGUACAAUUUUUACUGAGAAAUAGUAGUUUCUUAAAACUCA